CAGUUCUUGGAAAGGCUCUGUCCACUCUUGUUCGCAUUUCGCACUAAAGCCACUGAAUUCGUGGGUAAAGUGGGCUAAAAACGUAUUUAGAAGCUUUCGUUCCAGCUUAAAAAGGUGACAUAACUGCGAGAAGGAACCGAAAUCAAAGGACUUGAAGUUCUCAAAGAGGUACGUAUCGGUAAAGCGGGAAAACAUUAAGACGCGUUCGAUCCAGUUUGGAAGGAAAGCUGACUCCGCCCAAACUGUCAUCCGAUGCUUAAUGGCGGAUGAGCCGCUCUUAUGGGAGGAGUUUGGACAAGAGGAAAGACUCACCACGCGACUGAAUCGUCUAUUAGAGGACUAUACAGAUGGAUUUGCAGUACUAAAAGAGCUCAUUCAAAAUGCGGACGAUGCUGGUGCCACUGAAGUCAAAUUCUUGUACGACGAAAGAACCAACGACGAUGCAUUAACAUGUUUAUUUGACGAGAACAUGAGUGGCUGCCAGGGACCUGCUUUGUGGGUGUACAACGACGCAACAUUCAAAGAUGAAGACUUCAUAAACGUGACAAGACUGAAUGAAGCGACGAAAGUUCAUGACACUGAAACAAUUGGACGAUUUGGACUUGGCUUCAAUGCAGUGUAUAAUCUGACUGAUGUGCCCAUGUUUGUCAGCAGGAAUUACUUUGUGAUACUUGAUCCCCACACUUCGUACCUUGGAAAAGUCAUCAAGAACAACAGGAAGCCAGGAAUAAGAGUUGAUUUGAACAAAGACGUCAAGGUACUGCGCAAGUUUAGAGAUCAGUUCAAACCGUUUAAUGGCAUCUUUGGUUGUAAUCUUCACCCAGACAAAGAAGACAACUUAUUUGAUGGCACACUUUUUCGCUUUCCGUUGAGGACGAGAGAACAGGCGGCAAAGAGCGAAAUCAAAAAAUUGUUUUAUAGCGACCAAGAAGUGAUGCAGCUUCUACAAAUGUUGCUUGACAGAGGCAAGUCCUUGCUUCUUUUUACUCAGAAUGUUCUCCAUUUGGAAGUGCACAGGACUUCACAAUCGACAGGUCAAGGUCUACCACCCGAACUGAUGUUUCAGUUUACCAAAUCAAUGUUGGAAGGAGGAAUAAUGAGGAAAUUGUCUGUCCCGGUCACACUUCCGGUCACUGCAAUGAAAUUAGAUGCAGACAAACAGAAUUUGCUUAAGCAGUGCAACUUCCUUCAGGCAUCUUCAAAAGUUGCAAAGAAAGCAAGAAGUCAUGUAGCUGAACCAUUUGUGUUUCCUGAAUCUUCUAUGAUAGUCAACGUUGACGGCAGUGUCACUGAAUCUGGAUUGAAAUUCUUUAAACUUCACGAACGUUUCUGUGCAGAGUGCGAAACUUGGCUUGUUGUUUCCUCAAUGGGCAAUGGUCAGGCAUUGCAAUUUUCCAAGAAUGACCCCAGUCUUCUUCCAUCCGCUGGAGUAGCCGCCCAGUUGGAGCCAAGAGGAUCAGGCAAUUUUGUGCCCCUACCUGUUGUUAAGGAUGUCGAGGGUUUGGCCCACAGUGGCACAAUUUUCUGUUAUCUUCCCCUCCCAAUCCAUAGCGGCCUACCUGUACACAUAAAUGGACCAUUUGCAGUGACUUCUAACAGACGCCACUUGCAGAAGAAACUUGAAGACGACAAGACGUGCUGCGGAGUGGAGUGGAAUAAUGUUCUCCUGCACGAUUCGGUAGUUUCUGCCUUUUUGAAGCUUCUUGAGGAUGUGAAGAAAAUUAUUCCAGGCGAUAGUUUAUAUGCAUACCAUUCACUGUGGCCAAGAGCUUGCAACGUAUGCGAAGAUUGUUGGCCCUUUCUGAAGUCAUUCUACGAGCAAAUUACCAGUGGAAGUCAUCAUUUGUUCUCAGACGGACGUAGAUGGACAGACAUCUCUCAAGUCGUAUUCCUUGAUCCUAAUAUCCGUGGCGAUCCCGAGAUAGGCAACGUUUCGUUUGCAGUCCUACAGCAAUUGGUAAACGGUCGUGUGGUCAUUGACGUGCCAGCUGAGGUGUUCCAGUCAUUGCUUCGUUGUCGCCUAGGAGAAAAGAUAAAAGCCAACACAUACGACAAGACCCGCCUUUUCCGCGAUCUCUUCUUCCCUAACAUUUUGAAAAUUCCUGCAAAUGAGAGAAAUAGGCUAGUGUUGUACGCCUUGAAACGCAACAGUCAAGAUUUCAACGAGCUAAUUAUGAGGCAUGCUUGCAUUCCAGUAUCACCAAAUGGAAAUGCGCUGAAGUGCCCGAGUCAGCUAAUAAAUCCCAAGCAAGAAGCUUCCUUUUUAUUUUGCGGUGACGAUGAAAGGUUUCCCUGCGGUAAAGAAGAUACGUUUCUCCACCCUCAAGUACUGACGAAACUUGAAGAACUGGGGAUGAAGUCCAGUGAUCUUCCUUGGGAAGACAUUGCGGAAAGAGCAGAGAGUGUCCAGAGGCUGAAUGCAGGGAACAGCAAGGCAGCUAUCGAACGUGCCAAAGUGCUGUUAGAUUUCGUAGAGAAGAAACUGAAGCGCACGGGAAAAUCACCACCCAGACCAGUGUUGACUCGCCUUCUAAAAGCACAAUUUCUGCCGGUUCUGCAAAAACCAGAGUCUUUCCCACUUCCUUGGAAAGGUGACGAAUUUCGUAGUGGAAGGAGUCCUCUGGUCGCACCAAAGAACGUUUAUCUUAUGGAUAAGAUGUACCUUGUCUGUUGUACUGAACCGAUUAUUGAUCUGGAAGUCCCCCAGAAGAUGCGGAAACUGUUGCGGCUAGAAGACAAAAAGGUCACUGCAGAGCACGUGUUAAAGCAACUUGAAAGGGCCAUCUCCACCAAAAUCGACACACUUGAUCGAAAUGGCUAUGAAGAAGUAGUUCGCGUUUGCUCCGAAGCCUAUUCGUAUCUACAAGACAAAAUGGACAGCCUGGUGCCUUCAACAAAGCAGUUCCUGCUCGGAAUGAAGUUCAUUCUGUUGGAGAAAGAUAAGAUGUUCACCUCUGCAUCCCGUGUCGCUUUUGAAGUAAGCGCUGAUUGUUCACCAUACCUCUUCAAACUUCCAGCGAAUUUAAGCCUUCGCUUUCCGAAGAUCAUGAAAUUUUCUGGUGUGAGGAAGCAAUUUGAGGCAACAGAUUAUAUUUCAAGUCUUUCCGCAAUUAAACUGCAGUUUAAUACGAAACAACUUGAUGAGACGACCCUGCAGGUGGCUGUUAAUAUGGCGAAUCAACUCGCUGAUGCCUUAAAAAGAGCUUGUGUUGAUGCAUGUGAGGUGCGGGACAAAUUGGACUGUGUUUAUCUUCCAGAUUCUACGAAAGUCAUGCGCGACGUAGUUGAACUUUGCUUCAAGGAAUGUCCAUGGAUGCCUGAUGAUCCAGACGAACUUUUUGUCCAUGAGAAAAUCCCUUGGUCAACCUGUGAACAACUGGCUGUUAAAACACGAAGGGACGAAGCCUUGCAACAACAUGACAUUGGAUUACCCUUUGGACAAAAAGAAAAACUAACAAAUCGAUUGAAGCGCAUUCUAACAGGGUAUCAGGGCGAGAAAGAAGUUUUGAAAGAGCUUCUACAAAAUGCCGAUGAUGCUCAAGCAACUGAGAUCUAUUUCAUCAAAGAUCCUAGGCAGCACCCAGAUAAAAGAGUGUUCAAAGAUACUUGGAAACCUCUACAAGGUCCUGCACUGUGUGUGUACAACAACAAGCCAUUCACGAAUGCUGAUAUUGAAGGUAUAUGUAACCUUGGUGAGGGCAGCAAAGGCGAUGAUCCAAACAAGACUGGCCAGUACGGUGUCGGUUUCAAUGCUGUCUACCAGCUGACUGAUGUCCCGUCCUUCAUAUCAAAGAGCGAGGAAAUUGGAGAUAUUCUUUGUGUUUUGGACCCACACUGCAAGUACAUUCCCCACUCGAGUGAAGCAAGACCCGGUAGAAUGUUCAAGAACAUUGACAUGUUGAGGCAAAAGUUUCCAGAUGUUUUUCCAUGCUAUCUCGAGGAACAGUUUCCCGUACAGAAUGCAACCAUGUUUAGGUUUCCCUUAAAAUCUGAGGCAAUGGCUCGAGAAUCACAGAUAUGUCAGACUUCGGUCACCGAGGAGAAAUUAGAUGAGAUGAUGGAAAAUCUGAAGAAAGAGUUGUUUGAAGUCCUACUUUUUGUAAACAACGUUACGAAAAUCAGCAUUGCUGCUCUAGACGAAAAUGGAAAGCUGAUAAAUGAUUACUCCGUUCAAGUAGUGAUGUCCCAAGACGAUGCGAGGAAGAGGGAAGCGUUUUCCUGCUAUGUAAAAGAGAUUGGAAAGCAAGUAAAGGAAAAGAAAAUUCUUCCUAUAAACGUAAAGUUCAAAAGGGGAACCUACACUUUGCAGCUGAAAGAUAACCAUGGGAUGAGCGAGAAAUGGCUUAUUGUCCAACAAGUUGGCUUCGAAAAGCCAGUACCAGAAAGUGUUUUUGAUGCCUCCCAAGGACAUCAUUUGGGGAUGCUUCCACUUGGUGGUGUUGCAAGUCUCUUGGAUUGCACAUCUCAGUUUCAGCGAGAAAAGAGAGCGUACUGCUACCUCCCACUUCCACUGAGAACCAAACUUCCAGUUCAUAUCAACGGGCACUUUGCGCUAGACCAUGAGACCAGACGAAAUCUGUGGAGAGGCGAAGUAGGUGGCUAUCAAAGCGACUGGAACAGUGCUUUACUGCGUGAUGUCAUUGCUUCUUGUUAUCUCACCCUUCUGGACGAAGUACGUGAAUACAUUCAAUUACCAGUCGGUCACGACUCGACGUGUUCUGCUUUGCCUUGCAGUAAAACUAUGAUCUUCAGAAGAAUAAGAAGUUAUGAACGGCUCUUUCCGAGCUAUCCCAUCAAUGAUCCAUGUUGGAAGACCCUGGCUGACGCAGUCUACCAAGAAAUGAACAAGAAGAAAAUGCGUCUGAUUCCGUUGGUGAGAAGCGGGCAGGCAGGCUAUCGUGGAUGUGCCAAGGAUUUGCAACGAACUGAAAGUGUCGAAUUAUCAUGGUUUCCAACGACUGGUACAGACAAGGACCAAACGUACUUUAACAACCUCGAAAUCAAAGGCUAUUUUGCCCCGUUGCCGCCAAAACGCGGUGAAGAGGAAGACGAUAGAAAGAGAAGAGAAGAGUCCAGACUAAAACGGAAAGCCGCAUUUGAAGAAAUACUACUGAAAACUGGAUUUAAUCUGCUGGCAUUUUCUUUAGACGUGUUCCAUUCGCUGAAAGAGGCAGGAGUAGAAGUGUACUGCGUUUCACCUGCUGCGGUGAUGGACUUCUACAAGUCAUUCAGUGAUUAUGAUCCCCUUUGUAGAAUUGGAACAGUUCCCUGUCAUGUUACGAAGACACCUUUCAAAGACAUCGAAGGCGUGGUUUGUGUGCUUAAGUACUGCAAAGAUGACGCGCAUUUUCUGGAGAGUCUCUCUGGACUUCCGUUACUACUUACUGAAGAUAAGUGGUUGCACCCUUUCAGCGAGAGACAACCAAGAUGCUUGAGUCCCUAUGUUGAUAUUUUACCACGUUCGGAGCCUCUUUUCGUGCACAGUAGAGUUCGCAUGGAAGUUUUCAGCAGUGUUGAUCCUAGAAACGUCACUGUUUUUUGUCCUUUAGAUGUCAAAACGUUCGCCUCCCAGUUGCAUCUAACCUUACCUCCCUGUUAUCACAGCGAAGAUCAGUACUUAAAGUGGUAUCCUGAAAACAAAUCUGCCUCCUUGCCAAGUCUACGUUGGAUUCGCAGAGUUUGGGACUUUUUGCAAGAAUUUGCCCGCACUACCACAAAGGAAAAAGAUGUGAAAGAAGAAACUAUGGCUGCAUUUAUUCGUGAUCUUUUCUCCCCACUUUCGAAAUGGUGUCUUCUGCCAUCCACUGAGACGUCGUGUUUUAGCGACAAGCAGCCAGGCGUAACUCACCUCCUGAUACCCUUGAAUAAGGCUGAAGCUGUUCUGGAUUUCAAAGGUUGCGGUACGACUGGCCAGAAGUUGGUCGACGCUCUCAGAAAUUUGGGCUUACCUGAACUAAAUACGGCUGCGUUAACAACCCAGAGCAUUGGUCCAGUUUUGUACAGUAAACGAGAUUCUUACGAGUUGGCACGCAAUCUAGUCGCCACGGUCAGUUCUCCCCACUCCCUUCUUUUUGCACUCAAUCAGAAACUUCAGUGGAAUCCCUCGUCCCUUGAUAACAAGUUGAAAUUAACAGAUGCGAUUGUCGUUCUCGAUUACUUCAGCCACAACAUCGAAAGCCUGACGGAUGCCGACAGAGAAAUUUUGAGGAAGCUCCCAUUUUAUCCAAGUGCAAAUGGUGUGCUGCAAAAUCUUGAAGGAAAAACGGCUUUUGUCAUACCCUGUGAAAUCCCUGCGAAGGAGAUGUGUGUCGUUGAGUCUAAGCUGAGCUGCUUGCUUUUGAGGUCUCGUCAACAACUGUCGGACCUAUUCGGAUUCUUACAGCUGAAGAGUGCAUCGCCUGUUGAAGUUUAUAUAGACUUUGUCCUGAGAUGUUUUCAGCAUCUAAGCCAUGACGGAAGGUUGACUCAUCUUCGAUUUAUUCGUGACUAUAUUUCCUUGACAGGUGGAAGUGAGAACGAGCAUGAAGCAACUGAGAAGAAAAGGCUGUUUGAAUAUUUGAAAGCGAAGAAACUCAUUCCCUCAAAAGACGGCACGUUAAAGAAAGUGUCCAGUUUCUAUGACCCUGACAACAAUGUUUUCGCUGCCAUGUUGCCACAAGACAGCUUUCCGCCUGAAGCUUUUAACUCCGAGGAAUGGCUAACGUUUCUGAGGAAGAUUGGUCUUGUUCAAGAUGUUUCCCACGACAAUUUUCUGAAGUUUGCCAAGCUAGUUGAGCGUGAAGCUGAAACAGCACAAACUGACGACACUUACAAAAAGUCUGAAGUCUUGGUUUGUCAUCUCAUCUCUCGACCCAAUGUGGUUUUUGAAGGUCUCUUAUCGAUUGUCCGUGAUGUUGCCUUUGUGGCAGCAGAUCCUGUUGACGAGCUACUACAGGCGAUCUGCCCACCGUAUGGGGGGAAAAAAAGGGGUGAAAUUCCAUUCAUUGCAUUUAGUGGAGCCGUUGUUAGCGACCAUGAAAAGAUAGCUUGGACAGAAGCGCAUUUGCUUCCACGCUGGGCGGAUCCGAGAUACAAUCUCCGCUGUUCUCAUCGAGACCUUAACAACCUUCUCGAUCAGCUUAAGGUUGCGGCGAAGCCAUCCGUCGAUCUUGUCGUCAACCACUGCCAGAGAAUCUGUUACCAUCUUGGAGGCAAUGAAUUAGAGAGAGAGCAUGUUUCGAGCGAGGAAUUGUCAACAAUAACGGAGGUCAUGCAGAGUAUUUACUCGUUUUUGCAGAAAAAUGCCACGAAAGACAGUGAAGCAAAGCGGCGACUCCAAAAGAUACCCUGUGUUCUGGUUGAACAAGGAAGGAAGCUAAUUUUCCCAAGGCAGGCAAUCCUGGAAUUGUACGAGCAUCGUGAGAUCAGGCCUUUUCUUUACAGACUACCUCCAGAAUUUGGAAUGUUUCAUCCGUUGUUUGAGUUCCUAGGCUGCUCCAAAACUGCAACACCUAUCCAUUACGCCAUGGUCUUAGAGAUUUUGCAGAAAAAUUCCCAGGGUGAACUUUUACAGCCAAAUGAGGUUCGCACUUGUUCCAGAGCGGUCGAAGGGUUCUUUGAUAGUUUGCAGGAGAAGGCAGCAGACUUGUCCACCCUUUCUACAAUGUACCUUCCAUCAAUGCCUUCAAGAGGCCCCGUCCAGAAUGCGUCAAUCAAUACAGUCCCGGUUACCUUACAGGAAUCAAAGAAACUUGUGUUUGACGAUGCUCCUACCUAUGGUGAUCGGAUCCAGGGAAUUAAUCAACCUUUUGUCCUUGACCUUAACUUGAUGAACGUGAAGUGCAAAUCUGCCGAGGUCACCUAUGAAGACCUAUUGAUGAAAUUGCCUCAACCUUUGCAGCCCAUAAUGCUAUCCUCAGUGGUCAAGGAGAAACUAGCUGAUCCAGAGAAUACCGUCAUUGUAACUAAAGGGGUGGUAAACGCGUUGAAACAGCAGCUUUCGUCGGUUCAUUUUGGUCUUGGGAUUGCGAGAAUUAUAAGACACACCAAUUCUCGGGAGGAGGAUAUCGACAAAGGAGUAACUGUAGACAUUGAAAAAGAUCUCACAGCCAUCGAGCUCUUUGCAGUUGAGAGUCUAAGGACGUCCCUUUUUCACAAUGGUGUUUUGAUCUGUGGAAGUGAAGAUGAAGUACCCUAUUUCACAGAGAAAAUUGAGAUGUCUGAUAGGCACAUAUGGAGGGUGUAUGUCAAUGCAACCACUACAAAAGAUAGCAAAAUUUCCCUGUCAACUUUGGUGGCUAAAGUGAUCGUCGAAAUGUAUGGAGAAUAUCUUGGAAAGAACGCGUUUGUGAUUCCUGAAAUGUUGCAAUGCCCUCCGGCGAUGAUUCAGUCUCUACUGGAUACACAUCGUAUUCGCAAAGAUGGAAGCUACAAUACAGAGCAAAUGGCUCUUUACCCAGAGCCAGGCACCUUGAUUCCAAUUGAAGACCACCAUUUGCUGGACAACGCCUUUGAAGAAUUUGAACCUGAAGAAUACGUAGGCUUUCAGCUACAUGAUCCAAGUCUAAACCCAAUUAAGGGCACUGCGACGUACAUCUACGCAGUAAUUAUCGAAGAAGUAACCGAUAAAGAUGUAAGCCUUUUGACAAAGACUUACAGUAUCAACAUUGGAAACGACAAAGAGCUGGUUAAGGUGAAAGCCACAAAAUUGUUUAAAUUUUGCCGCCUCAAAGCAAUUUUUGAUGAGCAUUCCGGGUGCCUUAGAAGUAAGGAAGAAGUCUUUGACGAAAUCUCGAAGAUGUUGGGAGAGGCAUGGGAAUCUCAGGUAUCAGAAGAAGAAAGACGGCAAAUCAUCAAGCGCUUGUGUCUGCGAUGGCAUCCAAAGAAAAAUGCAGGUAAUGAAGAAUUCUAUAGCUCAGUUUAUCAACACAUAGCGAGUGAAGUUUCACGACUCGGUGGCUCAUAUGACGAAUUCUUUGCUUCCUGGGGAGAGCGUGCAAGAGAACAUGGCUCUCAGCGUACAGAAUACAAAAGGAAGUUCUGUAGACGCUACGGCUCUUGGGGAUCUUCAUUGUGUAAAAGAUCGUUGCGGAAUUUCCCUCCAAGUUUCUGCACCAGGAAUCCUCAACCACAAGAGGCCAAGCGCUGGCUCAGGCAAGCUAAGGCUGACCUCAACGCCGGUUCAGAAGAGUUUCACUUCUCCAUGUCUUCUUUUGAGUGGACGUGUUUUAAAUUCCAUCAGGCCGCUGAAAAGGCGUUAAAAGCUGCUCGUUAUAGCAAAGACGCAGACAAGACGAAUGUCCACAACUUGGUUGACAAUUGCUACGGUUUGGAAGACCCAGAGUUAGCCGACUUAGCGGAACAGCUGGAAAAUCUUGUGGGUGAUUCCACAUGUAUGCGUUAUCCAGACAAAAUGUCCUACCCUCAGAUUCCGAAUGACGUCUACUCACACGACAUGGCAGCAAAGGCCAAAGAGAUAGCUGAGAAAAUUGUAGAGCGCGUGGAAGAAAAACUGUCCUGAGAUGCUGAAAAAAUCAAGCUGUUUUUCAAGAUCUUUCAGAACGUUAAAUAUUACUAAUAUUUUUUUAGGAAACAAUUUUUUUCUCGGGAAAACGUUGUCAUCGUGAUGAGAGUUAAGUUUGUUCAUGUUUCUUAGGUCAAACCCCCUAAAACCAGAUUUGGAUUUCACUAAUGAUAAAAAUAUGUUAUCUAGUCGGAUGCACCAUUUCAAUCUACAGAGUAAAACUUAAGUUGAAAUCCGAUCAAAUUUUUCGAUUCUGAGAGCGUUGUCUAGAAGCUCAACAUUUUGAACCAUGUUAUACAUAGUUUAACGAUGAAACAGUAUCAAAGGCAAGGACUGUUCAAAAUAUGUAGCUUUCAUUGAGUAGCUUUCAUUCACUUUAGGAUUCAAAUUAAUGGCUAAAGUUUUACGGCAUCACUCAUUUGCUAGAGUGCUAGUGAUAACUAUAACCAGUUAGCUGUUGUUUGCCAAAGUUCGUCGUCUUAUUUCCAUGCCCAGUUUUCAACGUUUUAUGCUGACUUAAUAACUUUUAUCGUUGAGUUGUUUUGGGUCAUUUCAGGCCUUUGUCAUGUUAACCGUUUCAGUUGGUAUUUUUAACUCAUUCCUUUUUAACUAUGGCUGAAAGUAUAGAUCAUAUAUACAAUGGCGGAGUUAACUAUCUUUGCCUUCCACUGAAUCCAAAGUAUGACAAGUACAAAGAUGGAUAGCAGGCCACGGGACGCGUGCUCGGCACUGAGUAUGAAGUCAGCGGCUUUAACCCAUUUAAGGAAAAUCUCCAUGAGCAUGAGGCACCGUGUUCUGUUUGCUUCGUU